AUGACCAAAGUAUUCGUUACUGGUGCUUCAGGCUUCAUUGCUCAGCACAUUGUCAAGCUCCUCUUGGAGUCAGGGUACGAGGUUGUUGGUACUGUUCGUUCAAAGGAAAAAGGAGAUGCAUUGGCAAAAUUGGUCAACAACCAAAACUUUCAAUAUGUAAUAGUCCCAGACAUUGGAGCAUAUAAAGCUUUUGAUGAGUCAUUGAAACAACAUAAUGAUGUGUCGUACAUCCUCCACACAGCUAGUCCAUUUACUUACACGACAACGCAUCCCGAACAGGAUUUAAUCAUACCAGCAAUUCAAGGAACAAGAAACAUUUUGAAUGCAGCUGACACAUAUGCUAAACAGUUGAAACGGUUAGUCAUCACCUCAUCUGAUGCGGCAAUCUAUUCAAACGUUGAUGAAAGAAAUAACAAAUUAGCUUUCAAUGAACAAUCGUGGAAUAACAUCAAGUAUCAAGAUGCAACAGUCAAUGCUGUAACUGCCUACUACGGAGCAAAAUCAUUCGCAGAAAAGCUGGCAUGGGAGUUUAUGGAAAUGAAAACGCCUUCAUUUACCUUGUCUGCUGUUAACCCAUCCUAUGUCUUUGGUCCACAAGCUUAUCAUUGUGAUCCCAACCACCUCAAUGAAUCAAAUGCCAUUAUUGGUGACUUGUUGAACAAACACGGUAAUGACACAUUUGAAAAUGAGGUGGGUGGCUACAUUGAUGUACGCGAUGUUGCUAAAGCUCAUGUGUUUGCUAUUACUAAUGAAGAUGCUGCCAAUCGUCGUUUGUUUAUGAACAAUGGCCACUUUAGUGUGCAAAUGAUGUUGGACAUUGUAAACCAAAAGUGGCCAGAGUUGAACUUGAUCAAGGGCACUCCGUGUAGUGGUCCCGAGGAUAUCAAAGUAUUGGCUCGUGUGGAUAACUCUGCUACAAGAAAGCUCCUUCAAUGGAAGUUUAUUGACCUAGAGACGAUGGUGAUUGAUACUGUGCAACAAAUUUCAUCUACCAAAAAUUGA